UAGAAUUACAUUGGCUAUUUUGUUCCUUCUUGGCGUGGAUUGGUCCAAAACUCAACCCAGAAUUUCGGAACUUGCGUACAAGUGAACGACACCAUUUACUUCACACAUUCCUUCUCCUCCUUCCAUUCACUCUCCUCCCACAAACAUGUCUCUGUUUCCUCUCUUCCCCCAUUCUUGUUGAUUCCUCAAAGUUAAAGCAACCAUAGACCUAUCCUCUAAAGCUGUAUUUUGCUGGUGAUUUUGAUCUUCUAGGUAGUGCUGAAGGAUGAUAACAUCUCACACUUAAAACUGCUAACCAGAUGGGUAAGAAACAACAUAUUGCGAUUUUUACUACUGCUAGCCUUCCAUGGUUGACUGGAACAGCUGUGAACCCCCUAUUUCGUGCUGCAUAUCUUUCCAAAGACGGGGAAAGAGAUGUUACCUUGGUGAUCCCUUGGUUGUCUUUGAAAGAUCAAGCACUAGUAUAUCCCAACAAUAUUACAUUUGCUUCUCCAUCAGAGCAUGAGAAAUACAUCCGCCAAUGGCUUGAGGAGAGAGUUGGAUUUACAUCUGGUUUCAGCAUAAAGUUUUAUCCAGGAAAGUUUUCUAGAGAUAAAAGGAGCAUUCUUGCUGUUGGCGAUAUAUCAGAAGUUAUCCCUGAUAAAGAGGCAGAUAUUGCUGUUCUAGAGGAGCCCGAACACCUAACGUGGUUUCAUCACGGGAAAAGAUGGAAGACUAAAUUCAGGCUAGUUAUAGGAAUUAUUCACACAAAUUAUUUAGAAUAUGUGAAGAGAGAGAAGAAUGGACAAAUGCAAGCAUUUCUGCUGAAAUAUCUAAACAAUUGGGUUGUUGGUAUAUAUUGUCACAAGGUAAUUAGACUCUCUGCGGCCACUCAAGAUUACUCUGGGUCUAUCGUCUGUAACGUUCAUGGAGUUAAUCCGAAAUUCCUUGAGAUUGGCAAGAAGAAAAGGGAGCAACAGCAGAAUGGUGACCAGGCCUUUACUAAAGGUGCCUAUUUUAUUGGGAAGAUGGUAUGGAGCAAAGGCUACAAGGAGCUGCUCCACCUUUUUAAAAAUCAUCAAAAGGAAUUAUCUGCGCUUGAGGUUGAUUUGUUUGGCAGUGGAGAGGAUUCAGAUGAAGUUCAAAAGGCUGCGAAAAAGUUGGAAAUGGCAGUUAGAGUUCACCCAGCUAGAGAUCAUGCCGAUGCUCUAUUUCAUGACUACAAAUUAUUUCUAAAUCCAAGCACAACAGAUGUGGUUUGCACAACAACAGCAGAAGCUUUAGCAAUGGGAAAAAUUGUUGUGUGUGCCAACCAUUGCUCAAAUGAAUUUUUCAAGCAGUUCCCAAAUUGUUGGACAUUUGAUGAAAGUAAAGGAUUUGUUCAACUUAUACUUAAGGCACUGGCUGAAGAGCCUGCACAGCUUACCGAUGCUCAGAGACAUGAUCUUUCUUGGGAAGCCGCAACAGAACGGUUUCUUAAGGCCGCAGAGCUGGACAAGCCAUUUGAGAAAAAAUUGUCAAGAAGUACCUCAAUCUAUAUGUCUACCUCACUAAAUUUGCAGCAGACAGUAGACGAUGCAUCUGCAUAUGUACAUCAUGUAGCUUCUGGGUUUGAGAUAUCGCGGAGAAUGUUUGGUGCUAUUCCAGGUAGCUUGAAACCAGAUGAAGAGCUAAGCAAGGAGCUUGGGUUGUCUGAUUCUGGCAGGAAAUAGGGUUAAACAAAUGUGCAAUUGGGAUAAUGCUGUGAUAUUUACAUUUGUAGAAAUUCUUAUUAAUUGUGUAUGUUCAAAUGCUAUCUUUCUGAUUAGACAAGGUUAAGAAAAUGUGAAAUUGGGAUAAUGCUGUGUGAUAUUAACAUUUGUAGAAAUUCUUAUUAUUUGUGUAGGUUCAAAUGCUAUCUUUCUGAUUAGAUAUCUAAAGAA